CAUUUUAUUUCAAUUCGUCAGUUAAACAAAAUUUAAAGUCAAAUUUUGUUGUUUUAUAUCAGAAAUAAUUUCUCUCAAGAACAGAAAAUCAACAAAAAUUUUUAAAAAUAUUAAAAAAAAGAAAAUGAAUAAAAAAUUUGCUUGUUUAAUAUUUGUGAUUAUUUCAAUUGUAAUAUUUGAAAAAAAAUCGGAAGCUUGUGGAAAAUGUGUAUCACGUCGUCCCAAUUAUAAAAAAAAAUUCUACUCUUUCUUUUCAUUGGAAAAUAAGAAAAAUACAAUAACAUUGAAACCAUUUUUUGAAAAUUUAAAACAAUUUCUUCAAGAUUCAAACGGUAAUUUUGUUUAUCCCAUUCCAGUGUUUAUGCCAGUAUUUAUUUCUCAAUCAGAGUUACCAUCGCCAAUUGAACAUGAAUGUCGGAAGAGAAAACGAAAAGUUAACUCAUCAUCAAAAGCAAAAAGAAAAAUUAAACUAUCAUCACAAAUUCCUGUCUCUAAUCAAUAUUAUCGAAAUCGUUAGAUUCGUUCGUAUUUUUAUUUGAACUAAAUAAUGGAAAUUAUAAAUAAUUAUGUUAAUUAUUGGAAAUAAAUUUAUCGUUAAUUUAAGAAAUUACUUACAAACUGUUAG